AUAUACAAUCGUUUUUUCUAUUACAGUGAUGUAUUGAUUCGGACUUAGUCGCGUCAAUAUGCAGCUCUAUAAAGUGUUAUUCUUUGCACUUUUAUUAAAAGUUGCAAAUAGUAAUGGAGUCACUUAUGAAGAUGAAAUGGUAUUACGUUUGACCAAUGAAAUUAAUAAUUGGGUAAAAACAGGAGUUGAGUCUCAAGAACUUCAAUCUUUACUCGAUAAUCUAGCUUUUCCGGCCAGUUUAAAACGUUCGAAUUGGAAUGAUUUCACCAGUAAAAGAAACACAAUUACUUGCGUACUAUGUCGUUCCGUCUUCGAUUCUUUAAUUGAAUUUUAUAAAAACGGCAUGUCAGUAAAUGAUAUAAAAUCUGACGUGAUUAAACUUUGUACCCGACUAAAUUUUGGAACCGAACGAGUCUGCAAUGGUUCGGUGACUCUUAAUUUGCCAACAAUUUUGCAUAUCAUAGAUGCAAAACCAAAUUUAACAGCAUCCUCAAUUUGCGGAGUUAUAUUUGAAUCACAAUCUUGUCCGCUUAUUAUCGGUGAUGAGUUCAAGUGGACAAUUAAUAUUGAUAGUAGUCCUCCAAAAUUAAUCGAUGAUUACGAAAACGAGAAUAUUAUAAAUAUAAUACAACUAACAGAUAUCCAUUACGAUCGUAAUUAUGAACCUUUUGGCAACGCAUAUUGUGAUGAACCAACAUGUUGUCGAAGAGGACAAAAUGAUACGAAUACAAGUAACAAAGUGGCAGGCUACUGGGGGGAUUAUAAUUAUUGCGAUAGUCCCUGGCAUGCCGUUGUUGAUGUUCUAGAACAGAUUAAAGCCACACAUCAGAAUAUUUCCUACGUUUACUUUACUGGCGAUAUAGUAGAUCAUGGUACUUGGGAAACAUCUUUCGAGGGAAAUUUCGAGAGUAUCAACAAGACCUAUUAUCAAAUUUACAAAACAUUCAGAAACACACCUGUAUAUCCUAUUUUGGGUAACCAUGAGUCACAUCCUGUAAAUUUAUACGCGCCUGAAACUAUCACUGAUAGAAACAUAAACACACAAUGGCUAUAUAACUUGAUGGCACAUUUAUGGAUCAAUUUCGGAUGGUUACCAGAAUCUACUCGUUCUACCAUUUUAAAAGGCGGAUAUUAUACGGUUACACCUAAAAAAGGAUUUAGAAUUAUAGCACUAAACAGUAAUGUCUGUUAUUCUUACAACUGGUGGUUGUGGUAUCAACCGAAAGACCCUUAUGACCAGUUGCAGUGGUUAGCAGAUACGCUUUUGCAGGCCGAGAAAGACGGCGAGUUUGUGCACAUAUUGGCGCACGUCCCGGCUAAUGACGAAUGUCAAGGUACAUGGAAAAGGGAAUAUCUUAAAAUUGUUAAUAGAUAUGCUCGAAUUAUUAGAGCGCAAUUUAACGGCCAUACACAUAACGACGAAGUACAGUUAUUUUAUAGUAACGAUAAUAGUUCGACGGUAAAUAAUGUUGCUUGGAAUGGCGGUAGCGCAACUGCCUACUCAAAUUUAAAUCCCAAUUAUAAGCUAUACAUUGUUGACAGUAAAAAUUAUGCAGUGAAGGAUAUAGAGAACUGGAUGUACAAUUUAACUUUAGCAAACGAAAACGCUACUCAACGGCCAUUAUGGUACAAGUCAUAUUCAUUUAAAGAAGAAUAUAAGAUUCCUGAUUUGUCGUACAAUUCGUUACAGAGCUGGCUAUAUAAACUGGCACGCGACGAGAAUUUGUUAAGUCGUUACUACAGGAAUUUUUUCAAAUGUGCUGAACCAUCACUGGAAAAAGAGUGCAAUAUGGUAUGCAUGAGAGCUUAUGUAUGUCGUAUAUUUACAAGCCUAGGAGAUUAUCCAUCAUAUUGCAAUUAAAUAUAUUACUUAAGAAUCAGUUAAUAUCUCGGAUUUAUAAUUAUUGAUUUAAUUUGAUGCAAUACUCUAUUGUAAUAAAAAUACUGUAAAAAAAGUAUUUCUAAAGAGAAAAUACACUUACAAAAAAGUAA